AGAUCCGAAGAGGACGAACUAAAGAGCCGGUACAGGUCAGAACUCUCACGUGCACUUGGGGGAACUCGACUCGCUUUCUCUUUCUCUACAAACUCUGCACACUCCUCUCUCUCUCUCCCCCUCUCAUCUCACACUCACAGACAAGUAACCUCUCUCUCCCCCAUCUCUCAAAAGACGCUAAAAAGCUGAAUCUCUACUUCAUUACACACAGAAACAGAGGAAACCAGAGAGAAUAGAUUUUGGUUCUCUUCUUCUUGAUUCCUUAUCUUAUCUUUUGCAAUGGUGGACCUCAAAGAUCAAGACAUGGGAGAUGGUAUGCAAUGCGUAACACACCCUUACACAAAGAACCCAGGUGGUAUAUGUCCCUUAUGUCUCCAAGAAAAGCUCGGCAAGCUCGUCACUUCCUCUUUCCCUCUCCCUAAACCAAACCACCUCUCUGCUUCCUCUUCUUCUAAGUCUUUCUCUCCUUCUUCCACCACCUCUCUUGCUUUAUCUAUCUCAUCUGGAAGCAACGGAAGGGACAGCAGCAACAACAACAACCUCCCGUUUCUUCUUGCCAAGAAGAAGAGCAUUCUCGCAGCUUCAUCAUCCUCUUCCUCUUCUUCAGCUAGUCUUAUCUACAAGAGAAGCAAAUCUUCGGCUGCUGCUUACGGUGAGAGUUUAAACCGGAAGAAACGAAGUGGGUUCUGGUCGUUUCUUCAUCUCUACUCUUCCAAACACCAAAUCGCAGCCGCCACCACCAAAAAAGUUAGCCAUUCUUCGGUGCCAAGGAACCAGAUCGAUAACGUGAAGAACCAGACAACAGAGACAUCUAACAAGGUUGUUGGUGGAGGCAUUGAUGUGAUAAAGGAGGAAGAAGAUGAGAGCUCUAGUAGUGACAAAGUGGUUGUAGAGACGGCGCCAGCUAACAAUGUCGGUAGUGGUGGUGGUGUGUCGUCUUUAGAGAGGAAAGUGUUGAGAUCUAGAUCUGUGGGGUGUGGGAGCAGAAGCUUCUCUGGUGAUUUCUUUGAGAGGAUCUCUAAUGGGUUUGGAGAUUGCGCCUUGAAAAGGAUUGAGUCACAGAGAGAACACUCAAAGGUCAUUAGUAAUGGUGGUGGUGGUGAAGCAGCUGAUGCCAUGAGUCAAAUGGUGAAAUGUGGUGGUAUCUUUGGUGGGUUUAUGAUUAUGACAUCAUCAUCAAAUUCAGCAUCAUCAACAGUUGAUCAUCAUCAUCAUAAGAUGGGGAAUAAAACCGCAUGGGGAAGGGCUUUUGCAAGUCCAAUGAGAGCCAAGACUACUCACAAAGGUGGUACUAUUACAGAGUCUUCAACUGAUAAAAACACAACUCCAAACUUGGACUCAACUUCUUCCUUGGUUACUAUGAAAAGCUAAAAGAUAUACAUUAUAGUACUUCUUAUAUCUAUAUCAUAUUUCAUUCAUGUGAUUAGUUAGGCUGUUCGUUUGUUCUUUGGACAUUGGUUUGAUCUUUUGAGUACAACUAGUAAUGUAAUGUCACACUAUUUAUCUUUUUUUUUUUCAUUUAUAUGUUUGGCCUAAUGGCUAGAUGUUGUUCAUCAUCAUUCAUUCAUCAUAAAAGUUGGUAAAGUUUAGAGAA